CGGAGACUAUAUAUAUUUUCUCGUGGUUGCGACAUCACGUUUCGCACACGCGAACGUCGAUUUUACGCUCAGGUUGCUCCGGGUCGCGUAAGAUCCUGUUAUUCGCUCGUGCAUCGUCGAGCUGCUAGUUUCUCGCGAAAUGUUGCUGCGUCACAGAAUCGCGCUGUUCGUUGCGAUCUGCUGUCUGGGAGCUUCAGCAGUGGUAUCGCAAACAGGAACACGUUUAUUGUCAUCCAUGGCUCAGGCUUUGCAGACUCACGGAGUUAUACCAGAUGUGGUGGAUAAGGUGCCGGCAAAUGUGCUGAAUGUCACCUAUCCGAAUAAUCUUUCUAUUGAAAUCGGUAAGGUGCUCACUCCGACUCAGGUCAAGGAUCAACCUACUGUUCAGUGGGAUGGAGAGACUAAUGCAUUUUAUACCUUGUGCAUGACUGAUCCUGAUGCUCCGAGCAGACAGAAUCCCAAAUUUCGUGAAUGGCAUCAUUGGUUGGUAGGCAAUAUUCCUGGAUCAGAUGUCUCGAAAGGAGAUGUUCUCUCCGAAUACAUUGGUUCCGGACCUCCGCAAGGUACAGGCCUUCAUCGAUAUGUAUUUCUGUUGUACAAACAACCUGGCAAGCUCACCUUCAACGAAAAACGCCUAACCAAUCGAAGUGGUGACAACCGCGGAAAAUUCUCUAUUAAAAACUUCGCUGCUAAAUACAAACUCGGUGAUCCGAUUGCUGGAAAUAUGUAUCAGGCAGAGUUUGACGAUUACGUACCAAUCCUUUAUAAGCAACUCGAGGGUUAAAUUUAUACAGUUUAUACACAAUUAUAAUUUCAGUGAAAUAUACUUGUAUGAUAUAUAUCAAACUAUUAAUAUACAUUUAUUAAACUAUUAAUAUACUAUUAACUAGAAAUAUACAUAAUAAUGUAUAUCACACUGUUUGUUGAAUAAAUGCAUAUUAAGCGUUCUUUUCA